GUCACAGAGGAAGGCUGUGGUUCUCUGGUCUCAGCUCUGAAGUCAAACUCCUCACACCUGAGAGAGCUGGAUCUGAGUAACAAUGACCUGAAGGAUUCAGGAGUGGAGCUGCUCUCUGCUGGACUGGGAAAUCCCUACUGUAAACUGGAGACUCUGAGGCUGUCAGGCUGUCUAGUCACAGAGGAAGGCUGUGCUUCUCUGGUCUCAGCUCUGAGGUCAAACCCCUCACACCUGAGAGAGCUGGACCUGAGCUACAAUCACCCAGGAGACUCAGGAGUCAGACUGCUCUCUGCUGGACUGGAGGAUCCAAACUACAGACUGGAGAAACUCAAUGUGGAACAUGGUGGAGAGUACACAAUGAAACCUGGGCUUAGAAAAUAUGUCUGUGAUCUCACACUGGACCCAAACACAGCACACAGACUCCUCUCUCUGUCUGAGGAGAACAGAAAGGUGACAUGUGGGAGAAAGAGGCAGCCGUAUCCUGAUCACCCAGAGAGAUUUGAGGACUGUAGACAGGUGCUGUGUAGAGAGCGUCUGACUGGGCGCUGUUACUGGGAGGUAGAGUGGAGUGGGGGAUGGCCGGUUAUAGGAGUGACAUAUAAAGGAAUCAACAGGAGAGGAGGGGGUAAGGACUGUGGACUUGGAUGGAAUGACAAGUCCUGGAGUCUGUUCUGCUCUGACAACAGUUACACUGCCAGGCACAAUUAUAAUACCACUCUCAUAGACGUCCCUUCCUCCAGCUCCCACAGAGUAGGAGUGUAUCUGGACUGGCCAGCCGGCACUCUGUCCUUCUACAGAGUCUCCUCUGACACACUGACCCACCUGAACACAUUCUACACCACAUUCACUGAGCCCCUCUAUCCAGGGUUUUGGGUUUAUGAUGACUCUUCAGUGUCCCUAAUCAAACACAACACAAUAUUUUAAUAAAAUAUCAAAUAAGAAUAUAAAUAGAUAAAUAUAUAACUGUGUCACACACACUGGAAACACACACACUGGACACACACACAGACACCCAUACUGGACACAC